AAAUGGAACAUACCAUUCUCGGUUAUAAAUUGGAUUUACAUUACUCGUUUGAUAUGGUGAGUGCCUCAUAUUUAAACGUUAUUCAAUAGAAAGCUUGCAUGAUUAUAGAUUCUUAAAUUUUAAUUGAUUAUAAACCAAUUUAUCUGUCUUCAAACGUUAAAAGGAUUAUCUAAUCCAAAACAUGUAAUUUGGCUUGAACUAAAAUACUUACAUAAUAUGACGAAUAAAUUAAUACCACUAAAAUUUGUUGGUGACUCUUUGUUAACUGAAUACUGGAAUUUUUAACAUCACGUAUAACGUCAUGAAUUCGAUUUUUCUAUAAUAUAAGGUAGACUUUUCUCCGUUUGUGUUAACAUAAAAUAACUUAAUUGUUUCAAAUGACUUAAUCGUGUGCAUUAAAGAGUACCUACCGUUAUAUUAAUAUGUCUAUUUCGCUAUUCGUAUAAUUGUAUUACAUUUUGAUUCAAUAUUUUAAUAAAAAACGUUACUUACAUUAUAAUUGUUAUACGAAAACGUCUUUGUAUUAUUACGAAUUUACCACACUCUAUAGCCAGGUAUGCACCAACUGUCUGCGUGCAUGUAUAACGUACUAACGUGUUGUGUGGUGAUGGACAUGGGAAACUGUGAUGGUUAUUUAUAAUUUCGAUAUAGAUAUACCUAUAUAUAUAUAUAUGUAUAUAACCUAACCUACGUAUAUAUAUAUAUGAAUAUAUAUUUUUUCCAGUUUUAAUUUUAACCGACAGCAGUGUUGUAUCUGUUUUAACAAUACUUCCCCACUGUUGUCAUCAUUUAUCGCACAUAACAACAAUAAGUACGACAAUACACUUACAAACAAUACACUCGUUGGGGAGGAUGCGAGCUAGUCUCACGCUGCUGCAUCCCCUUACACAGGUAUAGUUAAGAUAGGGAACAAUGGUAUAGAUAAUAUAUCAUAAUAGUAUACAUUUUUGUAUUGAUAGAAGUUUUAAUAUUACGAUUACAUGCGUAAUAAUAAUAAACGUAGGUUUUUAUAUUUAAUUUUUAUUACAUCUGCCACUAUUUUAAUAGAAAAACAUCGAAAUGACACUCGAUCAACUUAACCAGAUAUACCUACCUUGUUUGUUUAACCGAGCUAUGAAAAUGUUUUUAUUCAACGUUUUUUACACCUAAUACACCAUUUUAUAUUAAUAAACUUUUGAACAUUUAUUUUUAAACAUGAAUUAUUUAAAUCCAUCAUAGCUAAAUAUUGUGACUGGAUAUCUGUUCUAAAAUUAUCCAAUGUUAGCUCAAAAUUAUACGGUUGAAAAGACAAAGUUAAGUGAAAGUAAAUCGGGCACUACAAUAACAAUAUAGAAACCGCAUUCACACUAUUAGCACUAACACAACAUAUUAAAUACCAUAAAGGUAAUAAUAUUAUUAUUUAUUAUUUUAUCAUCAUCAGUGGUGUAGACAGGGUGGGUUUGGGUGUAUAUUUAUUUUGUGAAGCUAUAGAUAAGGUUAAAAAGGUUGUAGAUCCCUAAACCUCCUCCAGUGAUAAAUCCUGGUUAUUCCGCUACAUCAUUAUAGGUACUAUUUAUAACUACUAUUUAAACUUACAUAUUGUAAUAUAAUUGUAUGAAUAUAUAAGAUAUAUUAAGACGUAUUCUUUAAUACAUUUGGUUAGGUCAUAUGAAAAAACAAUUUUUUAGCAGUUAUGCUUAAACGUCCUCAUGGUCCUUCAAAAAUUGAUUUAAACAAGUCUGCUUAAAAUUGCGUCCCUAGUUUGAUAAUCCUUUUAAACAUAAAACUACAAAACCCGCAACUCUUAACUCUUGUUAAGAGUUAUUUCUUCAUAAAACAAAUAUACCUAACACCUAACAAUAAAAUAAUAGCCGUUACUUUUUUUUGCCUUUGGAUUAUUUUAACGGAAGUAAAUAAAAUAACCUUCAGCUUUAAUUUAACGUUAAACAUUAUAAAUCUGCCGAUUCGUGCCUACUUAUAAUAUAUUUCUAUAAAAGACAUCUAAAAACCUUGCAUCCAGUGUCAAAAAUGUCUAGGCUAUAUUAAAAUACAAUCAAAGCAUAACCACAAAUAGCACAUAAGGUUACAUACCUACCUUUGAAGUAUUAAAUCACAACAUACAAUGUUGACAAUUGUAAAAAUAGCAAUAGAUUAUAAUGAAGUACACAAUGUAACCAUUAUUUGUCAAAAUCUUUCAUAAUACAACUUGUACAACUUUUAGUCAUUAAAAAUGCCUAUACGACAUCAACCGGUUUUGAAUUAACCUUGACACUAUUUAUGUGCUGUUAAUCGAUUAUAAUAAAUAACAAUGACAUUGUCCUGCACUAAUUUUUAUUUAAAUAUUAUUUGUAAUUAAUUUUUUGGUUAUUAUUUUUCAAUUAUUUUAGGUAGUUGGUUCAGAAAUAUAGGAUCCAACAUAUGUAUGAAGGAAGAAUGCGUUAAAACAGGUAAUUAAAACAUAAUUACUUUUUCCAAAUAUAUAUUACAAUAUCUCAUUAUAUAUUAUAAGUUAUCUAUUUUUAUUAUAUUAUCCAUAUAAAUAUAUAAUAUUAUGUAAAGUAAACAUAUAAUAUCUACUAUAAAUUUAAAUAAGUAUACGUUUAAACAUAAAAUACAAUAUAUACUAAUAUUAUAUCAUUAAAAGAAACUAGUCUUUUAAUAUUUUUUUCAAUAUUAAUGCCGGGUUGCAUCAACUAUUUACACAGAGAUAUAAACUCGUUUAUCUGUAGUUAAACUAAAUUCUAUUGCACCAACCACGUUUUAAAUUUUAUCUGUUGAUAAAAAUGUAGUUUAUCAAGAGUUAAAUUAAAGGUCCAUUUAUCGCUGUGUAAAUAUUUAUUAAUAGUUAAAUUUCGUUAUCAAUAUUGACAUUUUUUGUCACCAGACUGCCAUUUUCCGAAUUAGAUGGAGAUUCUUUUUCCAACAAUUGUAUAAUUUUUCUGUCAAUUAAAUUUCUUGCACCCAUUUUUUAGGAAAUCGAAGUAUAUUACUCAUACAGGCUGUCCUACAAAGAUAUACCUCUUGAACAUCUCUAGAAAUAAUAAAGAUAAUCAAAUUCUGUUUUUUUUUUUAUAUACUACUCACAGGGAUGAGGACUACAAAUAUUUAUAUUCGAACUAAUUUUUUUUUUAGUAAUAAAGUAAAAAAUAACUUUAUUUUAUUAUUUUCGGAAAAUUUUAAUGUAUCACACAUUUAUAUCCGAUGAAUAGUUUCUAAGUAACAGCCGUUUUAAAUUCUGCUAAUUCGUGUGAAAACCGAUGUUAUUGUGUAAUUUAGGUUAUUCCUUAGAUAACAUCGGUUAGGUUAAAAUUUGUAGUCCUCAUCCCUGCGAGUAGUAUAUAAAAAAAAAAACAGAAUUUGAUUUAUUUAUUAUCUUCGAGAAUAUUCAAGGAACAGCCUGUAUAAUACUGUAAAAUUAAAAACGCGGCAUAAAAUUAAUAAAAAGAGAAAUUAAAACAAGAAAUUAAAAAGUGAGAAAGUCGAUUUGAAAUAGACUAGACAAAUUCAAAUCGGUUUUGAGAAUUAUUAUCGCUUCACUAGACCAAUGAAUACUGUUUCUUUGGAAAUAUAACAUGUCUAAAUUAAUUUGUUACAUGUAUGUAAACAAAGACAGAAAUUCACCGAUUCCAAACUUCUUAAAAUAUGUUUAGGAACUGGGAACUUUGCAUGCUCGCAGAGUGGACUUUCGGAGCUUGUUAUUUAAAUAAAUUAUAAAUAUUUAUUUAUUUGUAUAAUAUUAUAAUUGUAUCUUUAUGUAUAUUAUUACGCAAUGGGUGCUCAUAAUUUUAUAGCUGCAUCAUUAUUGUCUGCUAUGGACCCAAAUGCUGACCCAUGUGAAGACUUUUAUCAAUUUGCUUGUGGUACUUGGGAUAAAAAGCAUUUAAUUCCAGAAGAUAAAAGCAGUAUUAACACAUUUGAAGUGCUUGCUGAUCGAUUACAAGUUAUUUUAAAAGGUUAAAUAUUAUAUUCACAUAAUAAUAAAAACAUUUUUUAUUAUAUAGUUCCAUUUUUAUUCAGGUCUUCUAGAAGAAACAAUUAAUCGAUUUGACAGUUCAGCAACAAUAAAAGCAAAAUUAUUUUAUAAAUCGUGUAUGAAUAUUUGUAAGUAUACCUAUUACAGUAUUGUUUACGUGCUUGAUUAUACUAAUUUAAUUUAAACAAAUAUACGAAUACAGCUCAAAUCAGGCACAUUGGAGAUACACCUAUCCACGAACUUUUAAAUUCAUUUGGAGGCUGGCCAGUGAUUUGGAAUGAUAAUGACUGGAAACCACCUAAGUAUAGUAUUGAAGUUCUACUUGGCCGAUUAAAAAGGGAAUAUAAUGAAGGAAUCAUAAUUGAAUCAUGGAUUGGACCAGAUGAUAAAAAUUCUUCUGUAAACAUCCUUCAGGUGCGAAAAAAGUAAGACAUUAUAAUGUAGUCGCAUCUAAACAGUAAGAACAACGAACUCAAACAAUAGCAAUAAUAAUAGUAUAUUUUAUUUAUUUAUAUGGAGUAAAUUCCAAUUUACAAACGGAUUUAAAAAUCAGCAUUUCGUUAAAACUAAUAUCUUACCUAUCAUAAUAUGUAGAUAGUGUUGUAAAGAUUACGCUAUGUUAGGUUAUGCUAACAAAAUACUAAAUAUAUAAAACUUAUACAAUAAAUUAAUGAUAGAUUCUGAGUAAAAUGAAGAAGUUAUAAUGUUACUAUAUUAGUUUUGUAAUGAUGUGUAUUUUUUACUCUGAAAACAUUUUUUGGUUAGUAAAAACGCUCCAAUUUUUUCACAUUCCUCAAAAGAUGGGAAUUUUUUGAUUUAAAGUAUUAUAUUUGAAAAUUCAUUUAUUGAAGUUAUUAACAGUCUACCUCUUAGGUCUUUUUUUGAGGUUUGUUGAUAUCUGGAUUCCUUAGCAACAAUGGAAAAACAACUAAAACUAAUAUUUUGUUCAGAAUUGUUUUUUGUUUGCAAUGAUUAUAUCAUUGCACAUUGUAUAUAAACUCUGAUAUAAACUAAAUUAUCACAGAAGUAACCUAUCCAUGGUGCGAAAUAAGGCUGGCUUUUUUUUUUUUUUGGUGUUAUUAUAUAACAUGAAGUUAAGUAUUAUAACUAACUAUAAAAUGUAAUUUAUAAUUUAUAUUUUUUUUACAAUUUAGUUGGAUCAAAUGCAAUUGGGUUUGCCCAGCAGAGAUUAUUUCCUUAAAAAUAAUAGUAUGGAAGCAUUACAAGCAUAUCAUAAAUAUAUGACUGAAAUAGCUAUAUUAUUAGGUGCUAAUAAAUCUACAGCACCCAUGGAACUAUUAAAAAUUAUUGAAUUUGAAAUUAAAAUGGCAAAUGUGAGUAAAUUUUAACAAUUUCACUUUACAUUGUUAGUAUAAUUUUUUGAUAACAUUAUAUAACUUGAAGAUUACACAAACGGAUACUGAUAGGCAUGAUACUUCAGAGACAUAUUUAAAACUUUCACUAAACGAUUUACAAAAUCAAGUUCCAGAAUUCAAUUGGACAUUAUAUUUUAACACUAUUUUGCAAUUUAAAGUAUCAGAUCAGGAACCUAUAGUCAGUUAUGCCAUGAAUUAUUUCAUUGAAUUGGGCCAACUUUUAAAUAAUACUGAUAGAAGGUAUCUAUAUCUAUUAAAAGAAAAUACAAUACAUGCGAUUAUAUUGUACUUCAAUUAUAUUGUUACUUGUAAUAGGGUUAUUCAAAAUUACAUCAUUUGGAGAUUAGUUCAAAGCACUAUUCUUCCACACAUGAUUGAUGAUUUUCAGUAUAAAAGAUUAGAUUUUAAAAAAAUAUUGCUAGGAAUUCUCAGUGAACGAAGUAGAUGGAGAGAUUGUGUAGAUUGGACCAACAAACGACUAGGUAUGGCAGUUGGAGCCUUAUUUAUAAGAGAUAACUUCAGUUUGGAUAGUAAAGUAAGAAAAUGUAUUAUUAAUUAUAAUUAAAAAUAGAAAAGUUCCCUAAAAUAUAAUAAAAUAACUUGCAACACUAAAAAGUAAAAUAGAUCCUAGUUCACAGUAUUAUUUUUCUAUUAUUGUACAAGGUAACUGCUAUGGAUAUGAUACAAUCAAUUCGAGAAGCAUUCAACGAACUUCUAAAUGAAAACCAUUGGAUGGACAAACAAACAAGAAUAGUGGCAAAAGCAAAAGCGGAUGCCAUGAAAGAACGAAUUGGGUACCCAGAAUUAUUAACGAAUGCUGAUGAAUUGGAUAAAGAAUAUAUUAUGGUAAAUUUCAGCAGUUUUAGAAUAAUAAUUUUAUUUAUUAUAGUAAGUGCAUAAAAAUGUUUUCUGUAGUUGAAUGUGACCGAAGAUCAAUUCAUUCGUAAUGUAUUCAAUGUGCUGAAAUUUGAUGCUUAUCAAAAUAUUGAUGUAUUAAGAAAACCUGUUGAUAAAGAUAAAUGGUCAACCGAACCAGCCGUAGUUAAUGCAUUUUAUAAUCCAAAUAAAAAUCAUAUCGGUAAUGGUGUAAUUGUAGUUAUAGUCUAUUAUAAUUAGUAUUUUAUUUUGAUUUGUUUUUAUUAGUUAUUCCUGCUGGUAUUCUUCAACCAUUAUUCUAUAGUCAACAUUUCCCUAAAUCAUUAAAUUACGGUGGGAUUGGCGUAGUAAUUGGUCAUGAAAUCACUCAUGGAUUUGAUGAUAAAGGUAAUUAAUAUCCUUACAGACUAUUAUUUGUAUAAAGUGUAUGCAUUUAAUAAUUAAUUAAUCUUUUUUAACAUAAUUCAAUUAUUUUGUAGGUCGACAGUUUGAUAAAAAUGGUAACAUGAUCGAGUGGUGGGAUACAGAAACAAUAAAUACGUUCAGAGAAAAAGCACAAUGUAUGGUAGAUCAAUAUUCAAAGUACAAAAUGCAAGAAGUCAAUCUACAUGUCAAUGGGCGCAUGACACAAGGCGAAAACAUUGCUGAUAAUGGUGGACUUAAACAAUCAUUUAGGGUAUAUAUUUAUUGAUUUUAAAUGACAAACACUUUAUUGGUAAUUAAUAAACUUACUCAAUUAUAGAAUUUUCCUAAAUUAAUAUAGUAUUAAUCAGAUACUUCUAAUAAUAUUAUUAGAAUAUAAUUUCUAAUAAUAUUUCUCAAUAUUAUUUGUAUUGACUAGAAAAUUACAAUAUUAAUCAUUAACCGUUAUGGUAAACCUCUUGAUCAAAUAUUUGACCAGACAAUGUGAUUAUUAUUUAGUACGUAUUAAAUAGUCAUCAAAUUAUCCCUCAAAAAAAUAUUUAUAUACCGUAUAUUAUAUAGCUAUAUAGUUUUACUUAUAAAAUAUUGUCAAUUAUUGACAAGUUUUAAUUUACUAAUUGAUAAAAGCAUUUGCAAAACAUUCAUUUUAUAAAUUUAAAGUGUAUGUAUUGUAAAUAUAAAAGAAAACAUUACUUUUCAGGCUUAUAAGAAAUGGGUGACCAAACAUGGGGAAGAACCAUUACUUCCUGGUAUUGAUAUGACACACGACCAACUGUUUUUUUUAAAUUAUGCACAAAUCUGGUGUGGUUCAAUGCGACCCGAAGAUGCACUGACUAAAUUCAGAUCGUCUGUGCAUUCACCUGGACCAACACGAGUAUGGGGACCAUUGUCAAAUUCAGAUGAUUUUGCCAAAGCAUAUGGAUGUCCAUCUGGAACUCGAAUGAACCCCGUAAAUAAAUGUAUUGUUUGGUAAAAUGCGUUAUUAGGUUUUAUUUACAUUUUUACAUUUUAAAUCUAUUUUGAGUAUUGUUUUACUUGAAAAUUAUUUGUAUUCUCACAUUUCGGUUGUUUACACAUAAUACAGGGCAAAGUACAUGCAAGAGCAUAUCAUAAUUUAAAUAUUAUGUAAUACCUAAUUGAACUGAUAAAAUUAUUCAUAUUAUCCAUCUAUCUAUUAUAUCUGAUAUUUCUUUUGUAAAUUUGUGGUAAUUUAAAACCACAAGAAAUUGAAUAUAAUUGGUGAUUCGUUAUUCACCAACUUAAUUAAUACAUGUAAAAAAAUUAACAAAAUAUUAUAUAUUUUUUCCAUAAGACAGUAAUUAAAGAACUUUGCAAUUUGCCUUGUAUUGUUAUGAUUUGUAAACAGAUUAUCAAAAUAUUUUGAAUUUAGUUGUAAUUUCCAUAUAAAUGUGUGCGUGUGUUUAAUUUAUUUAUAAAUAUUAAUUAAUUAGUUUUAGUUAAGUAAAAAAAAAAAAAUUUAAUUGUCUAAUUAAUUUUUGACUAUAAGGAAAUUAAUAUUAAGGUUCGAAAACUAUUUUUACAUUUUGUUUAAAUUUAAACUAUUACUAUAAUUUAUUAAUUAAAAAAAAAAUCUGAUUUAACAGCCUAAGUUCAGAAAUUCCAGUUAUGUAGUAUAAUAGGUACCUAAGUUUAUUUGUUAUUCUCCCUACUUACACCUACACCAAUCAUAAUACCUAGGUAUUCAAAUAAUCACCUCUAAUAGCUCAUGGAAACACCGGCUACAGUCAAUAUAUCUAUUAUACUAUUUCAGAAUUUUCUUCAGCCACAAUACCUAUCUUCUGCCAACAGCCCAACGAUUCUAUUUUCUUGUAUUUUGCUCUGAGUUAUUCGUUGUAGUGACUUAUAUUAAUAUUUUUAUCUUAUAUUUGUCGUUAAAUAUAUUCGAUUAUAAUUGUAUAAAAUGUAUUUAAUAUUUAUUGAAAAACUGUUUAGUACAAAAUAUGAAAUAUUCGAAAUUUCGAACCUUAUUAUUAAUAUUGUUAAGUGAUGAAACGUGUUAUUUGAAAGGACAUUUUAACUACCAAAUAGUUCAAACGUGACCACAAAAGAAGAAACAAUUGAGGGUAAAGACAAUCAUGGGAUAAGAUAAGGAUUUCCAGGGGUAUUAUAAGUGCCAAUAUAUUAUAUGUUUAUUUUUAAUUUAAGGUCAACACAUUAUAUAACCUAAUCAAAACGUUAAAUUUAAAAUAUUUUACAAUGUUUACGUGCAGAGAAAGUAUGUAAAGGCACAAUGAGUAAAUUCAAAUUUGGGUCUUAGUUAUAGCUAUAAUUGGUAAUUAUCAUUUGAAAUUGGUUGAUUUAAAAUUUAAAGUUUUUUCAGAUUUAUAAUUAUAAUAGUUAGGAGGUUUUUAUACACGACCCAUAGGUGCAAUUAGACCACUAACUAUGGGGGUGCUAAAAUUAUGAACACAUCAAACACCCAUGGAGGCUAUGCCCCCACAAUGCCUUUUACAUGACUCUAACAAUAGUUAACUACACCUUUCAUUUAAAGUUUUGUAUAUACAAAUUUAUCGUGACUAUUUUAACAUUAUUUUCAUACACACAUGCAUUAUCUGUAGGAAAUCUAUAUACUUAGUUCUGCUCAUUAAUUAUUAAAUUCAUGGAUCAAAUAUUUAGUUGUUAUUAUGAACAAUCUGACUGAGAUUUUUGGAAGUGCUAAUUUUGGAUUUGGGGCUGCUAAAUACCCCCUAGCACCUCCUAAUUGCGCCUAUGCGGCUGUAUUUAAAUCUUGCGUGUAUAGACAAUUUUAGCGAAAUUAAAAAAAAAAAAAAUUGAAAUUUAUCACCCCAAAAUAUUCAUAUUCCCUUUCAAGUUUUCAAUAAAUAUACAAGUAUUUAAUGUGUAAUAAAAUUAAAACAUUUACCUAAAUACCGGUUUUCGUUGGACAACUUUACUUUUUGUGUGUUUAUAGUAGCCAUUACCUAAUAAUUUACUAUAAAUAAGUAAAUAAAAAAAACAAAAACAAAAAAAAAUAAGCACGUUAAUACUUACACAGAUAAAGUUCGUUUUGAUGAGCUGUAACGUCAUUUCGGUAAUUUAAUUACAAAUUUGGUGUGAGAAAUAAAGUUGUCCCGCGUAAAAUAGUUAAUAACAGGUAAAAUUCAAGCAUGGGCAUAGGUACACAAUUAUAAUAAUAGCAAGAAUAUAAAACAUAUUAUUGUAUUUAUAAUAAUAUUAUUUUCUUCCGGAUUUCGCCAGAGUAUAUUUAUUUUAUCAUAAAUAUUUAAAUAUUAUUUUUACAUUUACUUUAUAUACAGUGGUGAACGUAGGAGAAACUCCAAUGGGGUUAAAUUCCCAAACGCCCCCAGCGUUCACCACUGAUAUUAUUACAAUAAUUAAUAAUGAAACCAAUUUACUACGAGUAUUUGUGAUCUCAGUUUUAAGUUUCAAUAAAUUAUAUACUUAAAAAAAAUGCUUAUUCUCAUGAUAAAAUACAUUUUUGUUUUUUUAUUUACUAAAUUUUUGUGCACAUUUAUGAUUUUAUUAUAAAUAUAAUCGUCUACAUUUAAGCUAAAAAUUUAUAAUGAUUCUAAUCUGUGUUCAUAUUUUCACCGUCAUCAUCGCAUAUCCUUUAAGAAACAAAAUCUGUUUGGUUUCGAUAAAGUUUUCGUGCCUCAUCAUAGUCGUCAUUCCAAUGAAUAUUGUGUAUUGUGUGUGUUAAAUUAAAAAAAAACUUAAAAUUAUGUACAAAUUUGUUCGUUCUUUACGGG